UUACUUGCUCAACAGUUAACAGGUGAUAUCCAUGAGGAGGUUGAGAGUCAUAACCAGUUACUUGAUCGGGUGGGUAACAAAAUGGAUGGAUCAAGGGGUAUGAUGAUGGGAACCAUGGAUCGAUUUAAGAAGGUUUUUGAGAAGAAAUCAGCGAGGAAAACGUGCUCACUUGUGGCUUAUUUCACAGUUGCCUUCGUAUUCCUAUACUAUCUUAUUAGGAUUCUUGGAUAUUUUACACUUGGGUAAAGCACGUGAUGUUAAAAGGUCAUACAUUUAAUUGCGUGAUGAAUGUUUGAUGGAAGUAAAAUCAUGUGGUCCUGUGGUGUAAAGUGUUUGAACCAUUCCAUUCCAUUUUGGCUGGGAGAUGGAUGGUUUGAGACUCACCUAUGAUCGCAAAAUCUUACUGCAUACAUACGAAAGUCUAUUGUAUACUUCCUCUCUUGACCUGGUCCAUGAUCCAUUUUUUUCAUAGUUGACAUUAGUCUCGAGUUCAUAUAUUAUGUAAAUUCCUGUAAUAUGAAAUGAUUAUAUUCAAUUGUAAGCACCAGUGUUCGUGAUUGGAUUA